UGUGCUCUGUCUGGCGCUAAAAGUUUUGAGCUUCUGAAAAGUCAGAGCCACCAUUCUAGGCGCAGGUAGCUGCUGGGCUCCGGGGUCCCCUGGCGUCCAGCCUCGGAGCGUGCUUCCCAGGACGGUGACACGCUCCCCUGAAGUUCGGCGGCCACGCUGCCCUGCCGGGAGCCAGGAUGCAGGAGCCGCCGCUGGAACUCAAUAUCGAGCCCCCUCUAAGCCAGGAGACAUUUUCAGAAUUGUGGAACCUACUUCCGGAAAACAACGUUCUGUCCGCCGAGCUGUCCUCGGGGGUGAAUGAGCUGCCACUCUCAGAAGAUGUCACGCACUGGCUGGACGAAGCUCCGGAUGAUGCUUCUAGAAUGUCUGCGGCUCCGGCGCCAGCAGCCCCUGCCGCAACCACCCCUGCGCCAGCCAUCUCAUGGCCCCUGUCAUCCUUCGUCCCUUCCCAGAAGACCUACCCGGGCGCCUAUGGUUUUCAUUUAGGGUUUCUGCAGUCCGGGACAGCCAAGUCUGUUACUUGCACGUACUCCCCUUGCCUCAACAAGCUGUUUUGCCAGCUGGCGAAGACCUGCCCCGUGCAGCUGUGGGUCAGCUCCCCACCCCCACCGGGAACCUGUGUUCGUGCCAUGGCCAUUUAUAAAAAGUCAGAGUUCAUGACCGAGGUCGUGAGGCGCUGCCCCCACCACGAGCGCUGCCCUGACAGUAGCGAUGGUCUGGCGCCGCCCCAGCAUCUCAUCCGAGUGGAAGGAAACUUGCACGCCAAGUACUUGGAUGACAGAAACACUUUCCGACAUAGCGUGGUGGUGCCCUACGAGCCGCCUGAGGUCGGCUCUGACUGCACCACCAUCCACUACAACUUCAUGUGUAACAGCUCCUGCAUGGGGGGCAUGAACCGGCGGCCCAUCAUCACCAUCAUCACCCUGGAAGACUCCAAUGGGAAGCUGCUGGGACGGAGCAGCUUCGAGGUACGAGUUUGUGCCUGUCCUGGGAGAGACCGUCGCACCGAGGAGGAAAAUUUCCGCAAGAAGGGGGAGCCUUGCCCUGAGCCGCCCCCCGGGAGCACUAAGCGAGCGCUGCCCCCCAGCACCAGCACUGCUCCCCCACAGAAGAAGAAGCCACUGGAUGGAGAGUAUUUCACCCUUCAGAUCCGUGGGCGUGACCGCUUCGAGAUGUUCCGAGAGAUGAAUGAGGCCUUGGAGCUGAAGGAUGCCCUGAGUGGAAGGGAGCCAGGCGGAAGCAGGGCUCACUCCAGCCACCUGAAAGCUAAGAAGGGGCAGUCUACCUCCCGCCAUAAAAAGCCAAUGCUCAAGAGAGAGGGGCUGGACUCAGACUGACGUCCUCCCCUUCCUGCCCGCCCCCACAUCCCCCCCAACACCCUCACCCAUGUUCUCCUUCCCUGACAUUUUUGGGGCUUGGGAGCUUGAAUGCAAUGGCUUGAUGCAUCCCCUUGCUUGGUACAGGUGUGCCUCUGAAACCCUGAAUUUUUCCACGUUUCUUAGCCGAAGGCUCUGCUAACAAAGUUGACCUCUGUGGUUGGUUGGUAGGAGGAGGUAGGACCUACCAGCCUAGUUUUUAAAGAUUUUUUACUACGAGGAACCAUGGGGGAAGUAGGAAAAUGUUCCUCCCCAUAAAGAGUUAGAACCACACACUGGGUCACAAGCCCAGGUUUUUUUUGCCAUUUUAACCUGCUGUUGAAUUUGUCCUAAUUUUUUGACCGUUUUUAUGAAAUGCUGACAAACAUACCUACCUCGCAGGGUCUGUUGUGAGGAUUAAUGAAAUGAUCUAUGUCUGGCCCCCAAAUAGUUUUUUUAUCAAUGAUGUCUGAGACUUGGUGCCUUCAUGGGUGCUGACUCCCUUAAGUCCCUGUCGGUGGAUGCGAUCUUCAGGUCUCUGUGGCCGGGGCGGCUGGGGUGGGGUCCCAUCCUUGCCGGCCGGCCAGAUCCUGUCUUCCCUCCCGCUGAAACUCAGUUCCUAAAAGGAAACCUCCCUCCAUCCUACACCCUGGAGGGAUUCGAUCCCUGGUCUAGGGUCUCUGUCUACUCCCCGCAGCCACAUAGGAUGAAAUUUUGCACUCUGCAAGGCACAUCUGUGUUCUUCACCCACCCCCUCCUCCUCCUCCCGUUUUAUAUCCCCUUUUAUAUCGAUUUCAUAUUUUACAAUAAAACUUUGCUACCA